UGCAUUAUUUCCCUGAAUUCAUUUCUUCAUAUGCAGAUAGGAAAGCUUGACGGGUAACUUUAAAAGUGCUGUCACUUCUGCAGAGAAUUGUACAGUCUUUCUCGUCUUGCGAUUUCCGGUGUUCUGCAAGGGUUGUUGUUGAAUGGUUAAGUAGGUUCUUUCAUCAUGAAAAGCUCCAAAGAAGCUGUGCAGGCUGCUGCCAAAGAGUUUCUUAAUUUUGUCAAUAAGGGAGUUUCACCCUACCAUGUGGUGGAGGAGUGUAAAUCUCGCCUGCUGAAGGCUGGUUUUACUGAGCUCAAGGAGGCUGAGCAUUGGGACAUUAAACCUGCCAGUAAGUAUUUUGUAACAAGGAAUUACUCUACCAUUAUUGCUUUUGCUGUCGGUGGUCUCUACAAGCCUGGAAAUGGUUUUUCCAUGAUCGGGGCUCAUACGGACAGUCCAUGUCUGAGGGUGAAGCCACGCUCUAAGAAGACAAAGUUAGGCUUCCUGCAGAUAGGAGUGGAGUGUUAUGGAGGAGGAAUCUGGAACACUUGGUUUGAUCGUGACCUGACCAUCGCAGGUCGUGUAAUGGUUAAGAGUGAAGGCAAGCUGGUGCAGCGUCUGGUUCAUGUUCCCCGUCCCAUCCUCAGGAUCCCCCAUCUGGCCAUUCACCUGCAGAGAGACAUCAAUGACUCCUUUGGACCUAACAAGGAAAACCACCUAGCACCUUUGCUGGCCACUGCCAUCCAGGAGGAGCUGGAAACAGGAUCUGCCUCCUGUGGAGAUGCCUGUAAUGCAACAUCCGUUGCAGAGAAGCAUCACCCUGCGCUGAUCCAGAUGCUGUGUGGACAUCUCGGGGUCGAGCCAAAUGCUUUACUGGACUUUGAGCUCUGUCUGGCAGACUCGCAGCCUGGUGCAAUAGGAGGUGUCUAUGAAGAAUUCAUCUUCUCUCCUCGUCUGGACAACCUGCACAGUUGUUUCUGUGCUCUCACGGCUCUCAUGGACUCCAGCACACCUGAUUCUCUAGCAAAAGAUCCAAACAUCCGUGUGGUUACUCUAUAUGACAAUGAAGAGGUGGGGUCUGAGAGUGCUCAGGGAGCUCAGUCUAACCUGACUGAGUUGAUUCUGCGGCGUCUUGCUUCGACCCCUGACAAUCUGACCGCCUUUCAGGAGGCAGUGCCACUGUCCUACAUGAUCAGUGCGGACAUGGCACAUGCUGCACACCCUAACUACCAGGAGAAACAUGAGGAAAAUCACAGGCCUGCUUUUCAUAAGGGUCCAGUCAUAAAGUUUAACAGUAACCAGCGCUAUGCUACCACUGCUGUAACUGCUGCCAUAUUACGAGAGAUUGCUGGAAAAGUGGGGGUACCUCUACAGGAUGUGAUGGUUAGGAAUGACAGUCCAUGUGGAACAACGAUUGGGCCGAUUUUAGCAGCUCGUUUAGGAAUGGCAGUUCUUGAUCUCGGGGCACCUCAACUUGCCAUGCACUCCAUUCGUGAAAUGUGCUGCACAACGGGAGUUCUCCAGACCACCACCCUCUUUAAGGGCUUCUUUGAGCACUUCCCCUCUAUAAGAAGCACAGUAACUGUGGACUAGACUGUGAGAGGGACUCACCAGAACGGGACAGAUGGGAUUCAUGGACGUCAUUGAUAGGGAAAUCAAUAUAACUUUUUCCACUUUCAUUCAUUUUGACAUCAUAUCCAUCAUUGCCAUCUGUCUGUUUGUCUACAAAUGUUCAUUCAUUUGUCACUUGGUGAAUUUGCACACUUAUAUACUCUGGCACUUGAGAAGUGUUGGCAUAUACUCUACUUUGUGGAGUUGUUAAUAAAACCAAUAAACCUA